AUGUCCCAAGAUAUAAUCACUCAAGUAACACCAGAAUCACAGUUUGGAUCAGCAGCCAUACCUACAAACUAUGACGACAACGACACAGAAAACGUCGACUUCAACUCCAAGAUUCAUUUGAAUAUCCGUGGAAAGGAAUUCACGAUAACUCGUGAUGAAUUAAUGAGUCUUCCUGAAAGCAUAUUGUUGUGCCUCUUCCCCAAUGGUGUAUUUCUUGACUUGAAUGGGCAAGUUAUCACUAACUUAACCGAGGAGGAUGUCGUUUAUGUUAACUUUGACCCUGGUUGUUUCAAGUACAUUAUGGAGGUCUUCUCCCAGGCACAAAAGGAUUUAGAAGAACUGUACGCAUUAUCACCGCAAACCAGCUACACCAGCAACAGAGCAAACCAACCUGAGAAUGUUUUGCAAUCCAAGCCAGCAAUUAUUGUAUUAAGAGAAGAUUUAGAUUUUUAUGUAAUACCACCAGCACAAAAUCUUAAUGGUGAACAAAUAAGACAAUUAAAGUUAGGAGUUUCUGUACAAUUACUCAAGAACAAGUUAAUAUUUUCAGGCUUGGGUUACAAAUUCGAUGAGCCACAGAGUCAGCAAAAAGGUAUCACUGAUGAUCAUGGGUUUGGUCCCGCUGAGCAACAUUUGUUUGAUAUGUUGUGUUCCCUGGGAUUCGAUACUUACGGAGUAUGGGGUUCAAGAUCAUUAGAACCUAAUAAGUGUGUUAUAUCGAGUUUAUCAUUAGUGAGAUUGAAGAAUAAUCCACCUUCCGAGAACCAAUCACCAUCAUUAACGCCAGUUACAUCUAAUUCCAAUUCUCCAAAGCAAUCCCGGUCUCGAUCAAGAAUAGCACAAUUGGCUACAAAUGCCUCUCGAGCAGCAUCUAGGUCAAUAUCAAGUAAAAGAAAACCGGUUGACUCGAACCAAACUAAAUUAUUGUUGUUUUGGAGAAAGCCUGCUAGAAAGUGUUGGUGGUCUCAUUCGAUAAUUGACGUAGAUGUUGAUGCUCCUGCUUUAUUUGACAAGAGUUUAAUUGGACCAGAUGGGAAGAUCAAAGUUAAGGUUCAUAUACGUAGGGUUUGGACUUUAGAAUUGUCCGUCAUUGGUGUCCAGUAG